UCCCUACGAUCAUGUGAUACAGAGAAGCCCUUGCCUUGUCUGGGCAGUAAGAUGAGUGUAAUCAGGUCAUGGUUACUGUAACUUAGUUUUUAGUUCUUAGUGUGUAAGCUAUUUGACCAAUUUCCAUGCACAUUUCCACAUCCAGGACCUUUUCAUUUAUUUCACAGUGAAUGAGACAAACAGAGCGAGGGGAAUUACAUCUGUGAUGGUGUUACUACUUGUACAGCUUGAGCUCUGAGAACGCGCCGGUUGAAGUUGAACCCAAAGUCACAGUGAAGAAGAGCCCUCAAGAAUGAGAGUGGCUGUUUUCUGUUGAGAGGUAAAGUUCAAGUCGACAGAACCCCGGCGGCGAGAUGGGUCAGCGUCUGAGCGAGGACUGGGAGGACAAAGAGAUCGAUGUGGCCGAGCUGCAGGAGUGGUACAAGAAGUUUACCGUGGAGUGCCCCAGUGGCACACUCUUCAUGCACGAGUUCAAGGGCUUCUUUGGAGUGACAGAAAACAAGGCUGCUGCGGACUACAUAGAAAACAUGUUCCGAGCCUUCGAUAAGAAUGGGGAUAAUACAAUUGAUUUUCUGGAGUACGUGGCAGCCUUGAACUUGGUGCUGCGGGGGAAACUGGAGCACAAGUUAAAAUGGACGUUUAAAAUGUAUGACAAGGACGGCAGUGGCUGCAUCGACAAAACAGAGAUGAAGGAGAUUGUGGAGGCCAUCUACCGCAUGAAGAAAGCAUGUCACGGCGAGCUGGAUGAUGAGUGCAACCUACUCACCCCAGAUCAGGUGGUGGACCGAAUAUUUGAACUGGUGGAUGAGAAUGGAGACGGGGAGCUCUCGCUGGAUGAGUUUGUGGACGGCGCCAAGCGAGAUAAGUGGGUCAUGAAGAUGCUGCAAAUGGAUGUCAACCCAGGGGAUUGGUGCAACGCUAAACGUGGCGACACCGAAGCCUGAACCCAAAAUCGGAAACAUUAACACCCAUGUUGGACCUGUGUGGUCAUGGGAGUCCUCAAAGUGGGCAAGUAAAGCUGGAACCUGAGGGCAGUCCCAUAACCCUUUCCCAUUUGUAGGGAUCCUUGUCUUUACCCUGAUUAAAUAUCAAACCUAAAGCCCAACCAUGAUAUGGGGACAAUCCAGAUGACUGUAUGAAUCAUAAUCCUUCAGGUAAUCCUGAAUGUUCGCAGGGUGACAGAGGACCUCUUCUGGAUACACAUACCCGUUUCAUCCAUUCUAUGUCUGUUAUUACAGCGUCUGUCGUUGUCAUAUUUUGUAAAUAUUUUCCCAGGCUACUAAAUUGUAUUUGAUGCCUGUCUCUUCUUCUAGGUUAGGUGCUUCACGUACAGUAAUAAUGGAGUAAUACAGUAUUCAACCUUGCAUAUUGUAGUGCAUUUACCUUAAAAGUGUACCUUUCUCUAUUCAAUGAUGAGUAAAAUAAAUUCCUAAAUGACAAUAAACAUAAAACAAUUUGUAUACUA